AUGUCGCACUUGAGUUUUCUCAAUUUUCAUGGUCUUUCAAGAAAAUCGUCCUCAUCCUCACUAACCCUAACCGCGUCAGGAAUCUAUAGGAAGGAGAGGCAAAGCUCUAGGAUUUCAAAAUCCAUGCAACAAAAUGAAAUCCCGAGACAAAGCUCUAAUGUGUCAAAAUCUUUCCAACCAAAUAAUGUAGAAGAGAUGAAAUGGGUGUUUGACAAAUUUGACAUCAACAAAGAUGGCAAGAUUUCGCGUCAGGAGUACAAGUCAGCGCUUAGGGUCUUGGGUAAGGCACUAGAGGAAUCUGAAAUGGCCAAGGCAUUUCAGGCUACUGAUAUUGAUGGGGAUGGGUACAUAGACUUCAAAGAGUUCAUGGAAAUGAUGCAUAACAUGGGAGGUGGGGUAAAGAGCAGUGAUAUUGAAAGCGCUUUUCGAGUGUUUGAUUUGGAUGGGAAUGAAAAAAUAAGCGCAGAAGAAUUAAUGGAGGUUUUGAAAAGAUUGGGAGAAAGGUCUAGCUUGGAUGCUUGUCGCAAAAUGAUUCGAGCAGUGGAUGGUGAUGGGGAUGGUUUAAUAGACAUGAAUGAAUUCAUGGGCAUGAUGACACGCACCAUGAAACUGUGUUAG